CUUUACUUGCCAUUCAUCUUCCUCUUCUUCUCCCUCCCUCUAUCUUCAAACCAGAGGAGCCGUCUAUUCUGCACGCACCCAAAAUUUUUCCAAAGAGCACAGCUUUAAUUUCUUUUCGUCUUCGUCUUCUUCUUCUUCUUCUUCUUCUUCUUGUUUCAAAUGACAUUUACAGUGAAUGUUUGGUCCUUACCCAUCACUAAAGGGCAGCGCCCAUUAUUUCCUGCCCUUGGAUUGCCCUCAAACUCUCCAAGAAUCCCCUCCUGUACUCCUUCCGGACGUCCACUACUGAUCCAGGGACACAAAAAAAGGGUCUUCUUUCCAACAAAUUUUUGUCUGAAGAAAUUUAGAUACGAAUCCGAAGUGACCACAGAGGAACCUCGUACACAGUCUCUACUCUACUCCUUCACCCCUUUGCCAUUGCUCUUCUUGGCUGCUCUUCCUGGAGGUGGAAGUGUGAGGUCUGUGUUUGAGCCGUUCGUGGAGGUGGUUAAAACAUUGAACCUUCCUGAAUGGCUCGUCCACUGGGGUCAUCCUGGGAACAUGGCUGUUGUGCUCAUUGCCAUGGGUGGGUACGGCACUUACCUGGGAUUCCGAAUCCGUUCUUCCACUGAUGCGGAGGAAAGGGCAAAGGCCAAAGACUUACAUCCCAAACUCCUAGCUGGAAUGUUCUUCUUCUUUGCUCUUGGAGCCACUGGAGGGAUUACCUCUUUGCUCACUUCAGACAAACCCAUCUUAGAAAGCCCUCAUGCUGUCACCGCCUUUGUCGGCCUUUCCCUUUUGAGCAUACAAGCCGCGUUACCAUCACUCUUUCAGGGGAAUCCGGGGUUGAGAAGCGUUCAUGGCAUCCUGGGGAGCGGAAUCAUGGCAUUGUUUCUUGUCCACGCAGCUCUCGGACUACAACUUGGCCUUAGUUACUGAGAUGAUGAGAUCCCCAAUUCCUUGCACUAAUUUAGUAGUUGUGCUUUGAUUUUGAUGGAAUGAAAUGCAAUCACAAGACCACAUGACAAUCAUUUAUGGCCCAAAUGCCUGCCUGCUUCUUGCUAUAUUGAUACAUACUGUAAAAGAUUUUAUCAUUUUGGCAUGCAAAAAGUAUGGAACCCCAUUCCCAUUCACAGGCACAGGCUGGCUCCAAUUAUAUAUUAUAGCACCCAACUUGUAAUAUAUAAUACAUGUUCACUCUCCUGUAAUAGAGUGCAAGUAUGGUGUGAUAUUUCUCUAUUAGAGAGACCCAUUAUUAAGCCAAUUGGGUUUGGUAUGAUACGAGUAACAUACUCCCUAGUUUUUUCUUUUUAAAUUUGUGAAGUCAGAUCCUGAAUUUAAUUCGAGAGCGGAGGGAAUAUUAGAUAUGUUUUCUGUCUCUAAAUGAAAUUUAUGCUUUUUU